AAGAAUUUUUAUCGAUGAGAUCCCGCAAUGUGACCGCACCCGUUUUUUAAAUGUACAGAUAUGGCCACACUGUAGCAUUGUCGCCCAAAAGACGCCUAAUGGCGAUUUACAGUUAAGUUUAUACCAUAACGUUGAACAUCGCAAUGUUGAACGACGCACAAAGCGAUAAUUGCCAAUUGGCAAAAAUUAAGAAUUUAAACUUGACCGACCAGAUGGCAGUAUACGAAGCCUUUGAUGACAAUUCGAAUCGCAUAAGAAAAAAUCUGAUCUAUACCUGGGAACAGCAGUUUCGCAUUGAACUUUAUUCAUUGGAUUGUGAGAUGCUUAAAAACAACCGAUCAUUGUUGAACACAUUUAUGUCCAGCAUCAGUGUGAAAGUGGAGCAAAUGAAGCUGCAGCGUGCAACAAUGGAAUUUUUGAAGAUCUGCGAAAAUUACUCUUUACCAAGAGUACGAAUGUUAUCCUACACAGUGGAUGACUCUCGUAUUGCUGUUGAAGCACAAAAAAUAUUGACGAACAUCUUUCCUGGCGUGCGUUGUGUGAAGCCUGAUAAACAUUUUUGCCACUGUUCGUUGUCGAAGUGGACGCAGUUUCGGACGCUAAUCAUUAGAAAAGAGUUCUUGUGGCGCGACCCAAACGAUUAUUGUAACCUUCGAGAUUGCACGUUGAUUGAGGAACUGAUUGCACCUGAUAUCUACAUUAUAAACCAAUCAUCGGAUGGAUUUAUGCCCUUGCCCAAGCUGCGGACCAUUAUUAUUAGUGUGUCCGACAGAUAUGUAACCACGCCGCUUACCGCUCUCAUGGGUAUAGACAAAUACGGCGGUACUGAAGGCAAUACAGACAACAUACGCGGUUUGAUGCUGGACAAAGUUGGGUGCACAUAUUCCGAUCUAUGCGGUGUGGUUAGAUCUUUUAGAAACCUUGUGCGGCUGAAUCUCGACCGCUGGAGCUGCUUAAAUGAGACACGCCUCUGGAAAAUUGUUGCCAAAAGCCCAUCGCUGGAGAUCCUGGAUAUAACAAGGAUGAAUCUUGGAAUGGACUUUUUUUCAUCAAACCGACGUCUUAAGUGCGACGUCAUGUACUAUCGCCGUGCUCCUUUGACAGUCUUCUACGCUUAUACUGACCAAGAGCUGAUCCGCCGUUACUUUACGCAUCCUCGACUGCAACUUAUACCGGAACACAAAAUACAAGAACCACUUUGUGGAUUCAUUAUACAAUUGGAAUUAACUCCUUUGGAUGAAGAAUUAAUUCCAAUCGAAUAAUAUAUGCAAUUGAAUGCAUUUUGGGAGUGAAGUUUGUACCCAACAUUUAAAGCGCUUAAGUUUUUACUAUAUAUAUAUUUGUAACGAAUUAAUUUGAAUUUAAUAAUAAAUUAAUGCUUUUUGUAUG